GUUGGAACAGAGCUAUUGUCAGUGAGUCGAGUCAUGAUAUCAUUGGUCGAGUCAGAUGACCAUGUCAAUUUACACCUUGUUGACAAAUUGUCAUUGUCAUUUAAUUUUUUUUUCUCUAUACAUUGUUUGUUUCUAUUUUUAUUAUAAAAACAUUUAUCAAUGUCGACUUCAAAUCUAAGUCCUGAAGAGAAUCAUGAGCUCAUCAAGAAAGGGGUUCACGUUUUACCGAAAAAACCAGGACAGAGAGGUCGUACCGAAGUCCACUGCUUUGAGAGCUCUGAUGGAGAAAAUGAUGCCUGUAUACUGGUAAACGUGCCCAGCCAAUCGAGCCUAGUAUCAGAACUUUCGAUUAGUCCUGCUAUUGCAUCUGAUGAAAGCCUUCAAGCAUAUGCUGAAAAAUCAAUUAAUGAAACCAAACGAUCAUCAACCAGUGAGAGAGUGCUUGACAGCUUACAACUCAGGCGCUCCAGCGGCAGCGACGGAUAUGAUAAAUAUGACGCGAUUUUCGAAGAAGAAAGUGAUGCCGAACAGUCAUGGUCGGAAAAUGGGAUACAAGAGGAAGAGCCUCUCGUGGAUUGCAACCAAUUUAUGCACCCAGUCAGCUUUGUAACAGACAUGGUGAAUCAAAUUUGUGACGAUGGUGCAGCAAAAGCAGAGACAAUAUGGCAAUCUUUAGUUGAGGUUCCAACAGAGAAAGCAGAAGUACCAGACGAAGACGAGUAUGUAAGUUGGUAUGAUACAACAGAUGAUGAUGAUGAUGAUGACGAUGGAGCUACUGAUAACAAUCAGUAUUAUGGUGGAGGCUAUUAUCCAGCUUAUAAGGAAUCCAUCGAGUAUGCUGUUAUAGAUUCAAGAAGAUCCCUAACUAGCUGGCCAACUAUAGGAGAAUUUACCAUAGAACUUGGCGCUUUCAAAAUUGAUGAUUACCUUAGUAAUUUUGAGACUGAAGAAAAUUGGAUGUACGUUAUUUAUUAUAAGGGUCUGAUUGAAGAUAAAUGUUCUAAAUUGCAUAAAUAUCAGGCUGUAUACAGUUUGCCAACCUGGAAAUAUCCCAUAGCACAAGCGACUGCAAGCAUUUUCUUUACAAUCGAAGUGUGCAAAACUUCGUUUCCGCACUGCUUUGUAGAUGUAAAAUUCCAAUACGAAACGUUUAGGCAAGUAUACUCAGUUGGGACAAAUGAACUGCAAGAAAAAUGGCUACACUACAUCCUGGAUUCCAAAAUUAAAUUCUUUCAAACUAUAACUUAUUAGGUAUAAUUAUUUAUCAACAAAUAAAUAAAUGGGUCUCGACAUCUAUUUUUUAGUGUUUCAUUUAUAAAACCUCCAACUUGAGCAAUUGAAACCUAGCGUAAUUUUCGCAAAAAUGUAACAUCCUGAAAAAGUGCAUCAUACCAGUCACAUUAGCAGUCAUGUGAAUAGGCUAUAUGGCUAUAUAGACAGAAGCUUCAAUGGGACUAGUUGACUUAUACCCAUUUCACUGCGGAAUCAUCAUGGUGGAUCAUUAAUUAAAAGAGUACAAGCUGAUUCGUCAAUUACUCCCUAUGUGUCUAGUAGUAGUAGGUUGGUCAGAUCUGUAUUCUGUAUAUUAAAAUAUUGUGCAUUCCAAUGAUUGGUCUAGGCCAGUGGUUCUCAAUCUUUUGUAGAGUGAGGAACCCUAGAGCGCACUUUUUUUUUUCUAGGGAACACCUAAGACAUAAUGUUUGGCUUUGUGUCAAAAUAUAGAUAUUAAUACUUACUACUUAAUAAGCUUCUAAAAGAGGAGUAAAU